AGAAGUGCUAGAGAGCUGCGAUUGGAUACCUCGCAGCUGGAGCAGGAGAACAGAGACAUGGAGGAGCGUCUGCAGGAGCUGCGGCAGGCCAUGAGCUCUGAGAAGGAGGAGAGGAGAUAACAGGAUGAAGAAGUACCUGGGAAUUCUCCUUUGGCAUUCCUUUUGUGCGGGGCUCGGAUAACGGUGUCCAGAUCCUGUAAGAUGGAUGCCCCUCCAUGCUGUACUUCUAAAGAAUGUGACAUCACUGACUCCACCUUCCCCUUGCUGCACUGUCCUCUCUGGCCAGAACCACUCAGCCCUCUCCUGGCCAAAAACCCCAGACAGGCAGCUCACAGCCCAAGAGAUGCUACUCCCGCCACCUUCCCAAAAUAUCUCUGGCCAUUUUGGAGGAAGCUGGGGGCGUACCACUGGAAGUCAGGCCAGGCCGGAUCAAUGGUGGCAUCGGCACCGAGUCAGAGACUGGGCCCAAACAAGGGGAGUCCAUCUCAGAAGUUACCAGCAGGAAGGCUGAGGGUCACAGUUCUCAAAGAUGAGCCGGAAGAGCUGCAGAGGACCCCGGCGAUGAAGCCACAGCCACCACCUGGGAGUCUAACGUCCAACAGGGGGCCCAGGCUGAAGAGGAAAGCCUGUGGCCAGUGUGAGGCCCGUGCAGCCGGCCUGGUUUGCAUGGAAUGCGGAGAGGAUUACUGCGUGGGCUGCUUUGCUAGGUUUCACCAGAAGGGGGCACUGAAACAUCACAGAAUGGUUCCCACCCAGAUGGAGAUGCACACCUCCAUCAGCACACUGGACGUCGUCAGCCGCUUCAGCAGACAAAUUGAUCCCGACGAGCCAGCUGUGGAGGGGGGUGUGUCAGGAGCCGGGGGGGCCAGAAAAGGAGCCGCGACUGUGGAUCACCAGCAUGCCCAGACUGAGACUGUAAUUCAAAGUAAGGACGACGAUGAAGAAGACGAGGAAGAACAGCACGGCGCCCCAAUUGGGGCAGACCCAACGGGGUGGAACAAGUCCCGGUGGGGUGGAGCAUUCGAUGAGGAGGAGUCAUCCAGGUCCUUCCAGGAGGCACUGCGGGAAUGGAGGUGGGAGAGAGGGGAGGCAAAGCAGGGACAGGAGCGAACAUGGAGGCCCAGGGAAGCUUUGCCAGUGACUAAAGAAGCUACCAGAAUCCAGGCCGACCUUUUUGUUCCAAGGACCCCUGUCCGAGUGGAGUUCAAGCAUGAUGGCCUGAGUUAUAUGGAGAAGCUGCUGGUGAAGAUGUACCGUAGAAUGCCGAUUAAGGACCACUGGCCACGGCCGUCUGUCUGCUCCCGUCCGAAUUCUGUGAUGGAUUUGAGCCAGCUGACAGAUGAGGACCCCCCUUGUCUGAUGGAUGAGGACCCCCCCAGUCUGACAGCUGCUGAGAUGGAGCUGAAGCAUUACUGUGCCUCGCUCUUCACUGUCUGUGAUCCUGGAAGCUCUGAUAAUCUUGACUGUCCAGCUUCAUCCAGCGCAAGCAUUGUGGAGCGGGAGAUGCAGAGUACGGUUGGGAACUGUACAGCCACCGACACAUUUCCUGCUGAAUGGGGAGUCGGCAGUGCAGGUGUGAAUGAAGCUGAAGAGCUGGAAACUGCUUCUCAAACCACAAGAGUCACCAAAGUGCAGCUGGACAUGUCUGAUUCACCACAAUUGACCCCACAAGCAGAGGACUCAUCUUUCAAGAUCCGAUUGACGUGGACUGCAGAAUCUGACCUGUCCACAAGCACGCAGUCGCUUGAGUCUCUAGAAUCUGAUCCGCUUUGCAAGAUGCAAAUGACCUGCUCAUCAGAACUUCAGUUUUCUUCCAGAAUCCAGAUAUGUGAGUCACCAGGACCUCCCUUGUCAUACAGAACUCAAAUUCCCAAUUCACCAGAACCUCAUAUACAUAGAACCCAUGAAACACAGUUGGAAGGUCAUCUGUCAACCCAAACCCAAAUACUUCAGUCACUAGAACCACAUCAGUCUUUAGGUACCCAAAUUCACCAAUCACCAGAACCUGAUAUACCCUCCAGAACUCCAGUGCUUAUGUCACCAGAAACUGAUAUACCCUCCAGAAGUCCACUGCUUAAGUCACCAGAAGCUGAUAUACCCUCUAGAACUCCAGUGCUUAAGUCACCAGAACCUGAUAUACCCUCUAGAACUCCAGUGCUUAAGUCACCAGAAGCUGAUAUACCCUCCAGAACUCCAGUGCGUAAGUCACUAGAACCUGAUAUACCCUACAGAACUCCUGUGCUUAUGUCACCAGAAGCUGAUAUACCCUCUAGAAUUCCUGUGCUUAUGUCACCAGAAGCUGAUAUACCCUCUAGAAUUCCACUACUUAAGUCACCAGAAGCUGAUAUACCCUCUAGAAUUCCAGUGCGUAAGUCACUAGAACCUGAUAUACCCUCCAGAACUCCAGAACCCCCAAGAACUCAAUUUCCCCAUUCAUCAGACCUUGGGUUACCUUCUCAGACACCAAUACCACAGGCAAGAGAACUUGUUCAGAGCUAUAACUUCACAGGGCUGCAGUCCCCACAAGCUGGUCUGGCAUCAACAAAGAGACUGCAUUCCUCCUUAAAAUCCUGUGCUCCUCCCAUGGACCCAUCUUCAGCUAGAACAUUGCAGCCUACCCCUCCUCUGACUCCCUCGCCACAUCCUCGUCUGUUCAAGCGGCUGAUGUCAACUCGCUCUCUGCCUUCGUCGCCAAGACCCCCUUCCGGAUGGACCCCCCUGCCACAGAGACCUUUCUCAGCCCAGGCAUCUGGCUUCUGUCCCAAACCACUGCUGUGCUGUGAUCACAGAAAUAACCCCAAAGAUGACCCUGCAGACGACCCUGCAGAAGAUUCUACUGAUGACCCCAUGGAUGACCUAGUAGAUGAUCUUGCAUAUCACUCAACAGACAACCUCGGGGAUGACCUCGCAGCUGCCUUUGUAGAUAACCCCAAAGAUGACUUUGCAGAAGAUCCUGUCGACAAUCCCACAGAGAAAUACACAGAUGACCUAGUGGAUCACCUCACAGAUUAUCUCACCGGUGACCCGGCUGAGAACUACAUGGAUGAUCUUGUGAAUAAUUCUGAAAAUGGCUACCCAGGUGACAAAGUCGGCGGUUUUGGACACGUCUCUGAUCCACCCAUGAGCGAUUCUGGUCCAGCUCAUGCCCCUUUCCCAGAAGGCCGGUCGGAUGCAAGACCUGGUGUGCCCGACUCAUUCACGGUCUGGUGGAGUUUUUCCCAGGGAGAGCAGACCCAGCUGGAGACAGUAGGACAUGGUGGUGGGUCUGAAGAGGACAGAGAGACUAAUGCCAAUCUGGAAGUGCUCGAUGCAGUUUCGUCUGAAUGCCUUUUCUCAAGACCAGAGGCCCUCGGGGCCAGCAGCUACCAUGACUUCGGCUGCCAGCCAAUCAGCAGUCUCCUCAGGGCUGCAGCUCCAUCUCUGUGUGAUGGUACAAAGACUCGUCGACCCUUAAUGAAGACGCAUAGGCAUGUUAAUAUUUGGAACAGGAAGCUUGCCCUAAUGCAUUUUUAGUGUGCUUAAACAGGCACUAACACAGUGCUCAGUCAGCCGUCUGAGAUACACUGUUACUCAUUUUCCUAAAGCAGUCACGGCAAUAAUGUGUAAAAAUAAACAAGUGGGGGAAAAAUAAUCUUAGGAAAUAAGAGAGAUUCUGAUUUAUGAGUCGGAGGAUAGCCACCCCCCCUCCCCUUGGAUUCCUCGCCAUCUUGUACACGGGUUAUGUAACACUGGACCAUUUCCUCUUCCUCAUCUGCACGCCCCAGCUGAAUUAGCACAUGUUCAAUCACUGGCACUCCUGUCACUCAUGGUGCCCCCCUGCUUUUGACUCUCCCGUCUGGUGAGGCAAAUAGCUUUUAAAUUGGUUUUGAUAUCAGAUAGGAGAUUACACCUGAUUCAUUAUGACUCUCUCCCAAUGGCCUGACAGGCAGUGCUGCACGUUCAGGUACGCCUCCGCUAUGAUGGGGGCAGCGAUGAAAGCUCUCAGAACCGCUUUGUGCAUCAGCCCGUUACUGACGGUUCGCACGCAGCUGAAGCACAGGUUGAAUUAGCUGAAAAAACCAGGAAUGCGACUGGAGAACUUCCGGAGAAGAGCCUGGUUCUGUAUAAAGGCCAGGAAUGUCCUGUUUACUAUUAGACUAGCAGUGGUGUGCAGAGGGCUCUGCAUCUCUGCAAAAAGCAGCAUCAGGUGGCCGAGUGACGGGGCCCGGCUUCCAUGGAAAGCGUGUUGGUGUGAGUAGCGCUGCGAGGCCCCGUUAGUACGUGAAGCGGCUCGAGACGCCCGAUCAGGGAAAGGCGGCCCUGUAAUCUGUGACGAGCAGAUGGAAUCUCUCCUCUCAUUUCACUCAAUCUCAUCUGGCGCACUGUGUCCCCACUUAGAGGCAAAUGAUUUUACAGGCACACACUAAUACAUGGUGAGUGGAUUCACUGAGUCGUCCUCCCUUCAGCUGUCUCUCCAUUCUCCUCUGCCUUCCUUAUGGCUUCUCUUCUUUUCUUCCCUCUCUGCUUUACACAAUUUCCUAUCCCCCUGUCUCUCCUCCCUCCCUCUUUCUCUCCCUCCCUCUUUCCCCUUCUCAUCCAUCUCCUCCUGCUCCAUAUAGGAUCUGACUCCAGCUUGUGGUCUGGCCAAGGUGCCCCAAGGUCUCCAUCUCGGGCCCCAUCGGUGUCCCGGCCUCUGUCCCAGGCAGCUUGGGAGAUCCAGGAGAUCCAGAGCGUCGACUGCACAGAGAGCGACGACCCC